ACUUAUUAUCGCCUUAACAACAAAAUACAAGUAUGCAUCAACACGCGAAGGUGACAGACCACUCAUAUUUUCGUAAAAUUCAACCGGCCGAAACCAAACUUCAGAACCGGACUUGGCUGUGUCUCCGGCGAUUGGGCGCAUCAAAGGGCUUUGGGUGCUCUCAGUCUAGCGCUUUGACUAUUUACGAUUCGCCUACCCCAGCUCCCUACUGAUUGUCUUCUGAUGGUGAGAACAAAGCAACACAUUGUGGCAACCCCUAGAAAUAAGAAUAUCACUCCAAGUGGCUACAUUGACUCAUCAAAAUCUGAUAAUGAUCUGGAUUUGCAAGGAGAAGGUGGUUGGGUGAUUGUGAAAAAGCAGAGGGUCACCAUUUUGGUGCCUCCUCUUCCUGCUGCAAAAAAGUUGAUAACUCAAAAGCCAGGACCAAGCCAGCCACAAGCCAUACUGAGAAAGACAAUGAGCAACCAAAUACAAGGUCCAAUUGAUAUAUGUCCCAGAAUAUUGUCAGUUGAUGAACAAGAGAAGUCCAUACCAUUGGCUCCAAGAAAGGGUAUUCAAAUUACAAGAAAAGCCCCUGCUCAAGGUUUGUCAACAUUAGCCAAGCCACUGAGGGUAGAUUCAAGAAUGGAAGCAGGGGGCUUGAGCAGGGUAGAUCAAGUUGGCACCUCAAAAACUGAUAAAAGAUUUCGGGCAUCUGAUACCUCAAAAGCUAUCAAGCGGCCUAGACUAUUACAUUGCCCCAGUGGCUUCUUGGAUGGCGGAAUGUUGGUGAGUCAAAGGCUGAGGGCGUCAAAUCUUGAGAGGAAUCUUCAAAAGGCUGGGGGCUUGAGCAGGUGGCUAGCAUCGCUUGGACUGAGUCAGUUUGUGAGGAUUUUUCAAAGGAAGAGUGUUAAUAAAUUUCAGUUGGUGAAUUUAACCAUGAAGAAGCUCAAAGAUAUGGGUGCAAAUGCAGUGGGGCCUAGGAGGAAACUGAUACAUGCUAUUGACUGUGUUUGCCAGCCCUACUAUUUUGAGGCCAUCUAAAAUGUCUCUGGGAUCUUGAAGCAAUUGGAAAAUAGGAAGAAAGACGCUAUUCAAACGCAGCAACCUAAUUGUCUUAGUCGAAGACAUGUCUGAACAGAAAACUGGUUAGGAGAGAGAGAACAGAAAACGUACUUUGCUGCAUGUAGAAGAGGCGGUAACAUUUUGAACAUGAAAAUUGCUUGCCUUGUGUAUUUUAUGCACAUCUUUGCAAAUUACGAGAGUUUGUUACGCAGCAGCUGUUUCAUUUGUUCUAAUCUUUCAAAUCCCAGUUUCUUAAA